AUGACAACUACAUUAACAAAGAAACAAUACACGUCCACCAGCGCCUUUCUGAAAGAGACAGAGCCAUCGCUGCGUCGCCAUGAGUUCCAGAACAUCUUUGUAUUAGUCAUGGCUCAAGCAGAGAUCAAAGAAGGAGGAGAGAAUGGUUACUGCAGUGCUGUUUGGGACGAUCAAGGCCAGCUUGUCUUUGCACUAGUCAAUUGCAAGCAUAAUACCAUGCUCUAUGGCUCAUGGACUCAGAAUAUGGAUGCCAUCGAUCUACUAGUUGAUGAUUUGGUGUCUACUGGUACUCACAUAAAUAUCAAAUUUGUACACGCAUUCCAACCGAGUAUUCAUCGUUUGCAUGAACAAUUAUCAAAGCACAACCUGAAAAUGUGCAUCACAGAUCAGGUCUGGGCAUAUGAAUCUCAAAAGGUCACUUGGUCCCCUGGUUUACUCGCUACAGCAAGAGAUACACAUACGGAACUGAAGGUGGCGACAUUGGAUGAAGUGGCUUUACUGACAAAAUGGACACAAGGGUUCUUUGUUCAUUUGACGACUGAGGAUGGCAUGGAUAACGCAGCCUUGCCUGAUGCUGAGGAAAUAGUGCGCGAAGCAAUAGCAAACCAAUUUGCCUACAUCUUGUAUGUUCGUGGUGUUCCUGUCAGCAUGUCUUGGAUGAAACGACCUACCGACACUGAAUGCUCACUUGCCAUGGUCUACACGCCAAAGGAAUGCCGUAGCCGAGGAUAUGGUGCUGUCUGUGUUGGUUUAUUGACGGAAAAGCUGCUACAGAACCGUAGAUCAGUCAAUUUGUUUGGUGUCAAAGGACGCAAUCCAGCUGUCAAAAAUAUGUAUGCUGGGAUUGGCUAUCAGUUAGUAGGCGAAAGUGCAAGAUUAAGGAGGUAG